GUGUGAAGUGAACAAGAGGACGUUUGAAUUUAGAAGGCGGAUCGCGCGGGAAUAUCACGCAUGCGCUCAUUCAACUUGUUUUCCCGCGCACGUUUUGGCGGGAAGCAAUACCAUUGUUCGAUUUUUAAUCUAAAUUUAGUUUGAUUUAAUAAUUCUAGUAGGCACCUCCUGUGGUAACUCUACUUUGGUGUGAAGUGUUGUUAAUCGUCGUUGAUUUUCAAAGAUCUGUCUCCUACAUUCCAAGAUGAAACUAUCAAGGCGAUCCCUUAGAAACAUAUUCAGCGUGCUGUACCUAGUACAUUUGACCUACACCGUGACUGCGACUCAGUUCGCGUCGCAUGUAAGCGUGAACACACCCACUCGAAGCUUUUCUCACGGAGUUGGCGAUCCAGUGUCCGUACUAGAGCGGCGAGCGUACCAUCGGCUCCCACAGAGCCCACCUAUAAGGAAAUUACGCAGGCCAACUUCGCAAAGUCAUGGUGGCUAUCCCAGACACAAGCCAGCCAUACCUUUCCACGUUGAAGAGGUACAUCGUGGCAACACCAUAAGACCAUGGCAUUACAACAACUUCAUGGCUGUUCCGAUACAAGUGCUGCCACCUUCGCCGUACAAAGUGGACUCCCCUGAUCCGGAAUCCUUAUGGCCAAUAGGAUUGUUCAUACCGCCGGUUCCUCCACAGCGAUUUGGAUCUCUUCGACGCGCUGACACUCGUGUUUCCGGAUCAGACCCAGAAGAUCCUUAUCUACUCGAAGGCUCGGAAGCUGUAGCGGCAGUCAUGAAGUCUACUCGUCACGGCCAGCUAUACUUCCAUGACAUACCUCACAUAGAAUCUCUGCUAGCCAACCAAGAUCUCAGAGUCAAAAACAACCUUAAACCCCACCGGAUCGCGAGCAUCCGACAAACGUGGCCAUUCAACAGACCCUAGCCCAAUAAUAAAACAAAACUGUAUAUUUAAAAUUAUUGUAUAUUUUUGUAUAAAUACUAAGGAAAUACUCAUUUUAUAGCUACCUAUACAUUAUUGCAUUUGUAAAAA